AGGACCAUUUUAUGAACAAUUUGACACAAUAUGGCAUUUCUAUGGUCCCAAAUUUUUGGAUAACCACUAACAAAUUCAAUACUCCUUUCCCUUAUCCUCUCUAACAAAAUUAGAUGCUUGCUUUUAUCUGGUUGGAAUAUUUGUAACACAUAUACCAAUUAUCAAGCUUAAAAAUUCAAGUGUUGCUUCUUUUGCUCUCUUCAAAAACUCACCUAGACAUUUUAUCAAACAGGUAAAGAACAUGGAGAAAUCUGUGUACCACCGGCACCAACAUCGCCUAUUCUUGGACAAGGAGAUAGGUAUGGCUCCCAAUAACCAUGGAGACAAAACAAGUAGUAAUUACUAUGCAAGCAAGUCAACAAAUUUCGAUAACAACAUGGUUAUAAUAUUAGCAGCUUUGUUAUGCGCAUUAAUAUUUGCUCUUGGUCUAAACUCAAUUGUACGGUGUGCUGUGAGAUGUGGGUAUAGAUUUGUGUCUGAGACUACUCCAACAGCUACAGCUGAAGCUACUGGACUGAAGAAAAGCACAUUGAAGCAGAUUCCGGUGGUAGCAUAUGAAUCAGAGCUAAAUACUCCGGUAACAGAAUGUCCCAUUUGUCUCGGAGAAUUUGAACAAGGUGAAAAGGUUAAAAUUUUGCCAAAAUGUAACCAUGGUUUUCAUGUGAAAUGUGUAGAUAAAUGGUUAUUGUUACACUCAUCGUGUCCGCUGUGCCGGCAACCAUUACUGGAUCAAGUCUAAUAUUAGUGUACAAUUUUGUUCUAAUUAGCAAUAUAAAUACUCUUGCCGUUUGAUUCGAGAA